CACAACUUGGAGAUUUGAGUCUCUACUGCUGGCCUUGUAGUAAACAAGUGAACAGGGAAUCAAACAUGGGAGACAUUGAACAACCCCUCAAACUACGCUCCUUAGGGCGAUCUGAACAGCUUUCGGCAGUCUCUCAUGCUCUAGGUUUUUUCAACAAUGUAGGCUUAUCUGCGCACUACUCACUGUCCGAAAAUGCUCCUCAAUUUGAUCUGAAACCCACUAUUUACGCUGCAUUGGCACGUGUAAUACAAGAACAUGCCAUCUUGUCAGCCAUUCCUGUCGACGAAGACUCUCCAGAUUCGUACUGGGUCCAACUGCCGACAAUCGAUCUUGCACGCCCUGUUACAUUCUUGACUCGAGCGAGACCGCUGGAAGAGACCGGAGAAGACUCUGAACUCGAUGAGAUACUUCAAGAGCAACACAACAUAGAUUUCAAAUCCGAUUACGGCACCCUGCCAUUCUGGCGCUUGCUGAUUCUCCGAGAUGCAGAGAACAAGCUCAACUUCACUGCCUCAUUCAUUUUCUACCAUGCCAUCGGCGACGGCGCAGCCGGCCUAGUAUUCCACAAAUUCUUCAGCGAAGCACUAAACGCAGCUUCCUCAUCCAGCGAGCCCCUCUCAAACACCACCACACUCGUCCACUCCUCACCCUCCGCCCAACUCCUCCCAACCCUCGAACAACUUCACCCCCUCCCCCUCAACCCAAACCCAGCCGACCACCGCACCCCAGGCCUUCAAGAAUGGACCGGCGACUCCAUCCGCCUCCCCUGUCAAACCCACUACCGCACCCUCUACCUCUCCCCCACCUCCUCCACCGCCUUCACCCAAAAAUGCAAGUCAAACAAACUAUCCGUAACCGCCGGUCUCCAAGCCACCCUCGCCCACGCCCUCUUCGACACCCUCCCACCAAUCACAGAAGCCCUAACCGGCAUCAUCCCCAUCAACCUCCGCCCCUGGCUCAACCUCCCAUCAGCAGACGCCACAAACGCAAUCGGCAGCUUCAUCGACGCCAUCAAAGUGCAAAUUCCACGUUCGCACUUUGCACCUGAGGGGAACGACACAGUAGUAUCUGGACUGUCGGCUGCACGCCAUACUGCAGACGCCAUAACGCGGUAUCUAACCGGCAACCCCUCGCCAUCGGGUGAACCAUACACGUCUGUCGCGUUCUUCGGCGGCAUUCCGGAUGUUGCUGUUGCGUUCAAGAGUAUGGUUGGGGCGCCGCGCGAUGCCGCGUUUGAGAUUUCGAAUGUAGGGCGGUUCGAGAGUGGGGAGGCUGGCAGGUGGCAAGUGGGUAGGAUGGCGUUUAGUCGCAGUGCAGUGGCGUUUGGGGCGCCGCUCAAUACAAGUGUGGUGUCUGGGGCGGAUGGCGGGUUGACGAUUGGGUUUUGCUGGCAGGAGGGGGUGCUGGAGGAUGCGUUCGUGGAGGGGGUUGUGAAGGGUUUUGGAGGGUAUUUUGAGUCUGAGGGGUUUUAG